UUGAUUUUUUUUUUUUAAUUUUUAAUUUGUUGGCUUUUACGUUUAUAUGAUAAGAAAGUGAAGUAGAAAUUAAAAAGAAAUUGCAGAAACCAAUUAUCUGUAUGUGUUCUGCAUUGUUGUUGAUGUAUUAUUACUUAUUAGGUUGAUCGAAUUAGCGUGCUACCGAAAGAAGUAUUAGGGUUGAUAUUGUCUUUGUUGACGGCCAAGGAAGAUACUGCGACUAGCAUACUUUGUCGUUCAUGGAGAUACUUGUGAGUCUUAACUAGUAAGACGAUGGAUUUUGAUGGCACACAAUCAUUACGUAAGUUUAAUAGAUUUAUGAAAACUUUUGGAUUCACGAAUCCAUCACUGAGCAAGGCAUGUAUAGAGCCAUUGGAAGAGGAAAGGCGUAAGUUCGUUAGAUGGGUUGAUCGCAUUAUAGUGUUGAACCAGUGUUUGGAUCAUAGGUCCAAUCUCGAGGAAUUCAAAGUGUAUUUCGAUUUAAUUCAAACUCAUAGAGAAUGGAUUGAUGAUUGGCUCAGCUAUGCUUUCAGCAGGAAGGUUGAGAGGUUGGAGUUGAGCUUAACCUGUGAAGCAUGGGGUAGUGAUAGAUUCCACCGCGAUUCUCAUUUGUGUUACGAGUUUCCGUAUAAAAAGAGGAAUUUGCCGAAUAAUUUUGAGGUUCUUAAGAAGCUAUGUUUGCAUCUAGUGAGUGUGAGCGGUGAAGUUGUGCAGUUGUUUCUGGAGAAGUGCCCUCUGCUCGAACAAGUGUCGGUGUGUGGAUCCCAAGCACUUUUGUCUCUGGAGAUUGUUGCAACUUUUCCCUCGAUUAAAUGCCUUGAAAUAAGCUUGUGCCACAAACUCAAAUCAGUCGUGCUUCGGGAUUCAAAUGUUGUCACUAUAAAGUACAGCGGCAAGAUAAUACCAUUUGUGUUGGUCAACGUGCCUCUCCUUACUCAACUUUGGAUCAAGUCAUUGGUUCCUGGUCCUGGUCGAUUGAAAGAUGUUGUUGGCAUGUUUUCGCCCGUGCUUCCACAGAUAGAGAUGUUGAAAAUAUAUCCAUCCCUCAUCUAUUGGAAUGUGCUAUUUAUUUUCUUUAAUUUUUUCCAUUCUACAUUGAUUAAUAUUCUCUCCGCUAAGUAUUAUACUCCAUUCAAUUUCACCUUGGUUGUACAUCAAGAUAGCAAGAAAGACAAGUCGUUUCAUGGUGCUUGUGCUAGAAAUUAUACUCUGAGGGCGAGAGUCAAUUUUCACGUUAAGGAAGUCGAAUUUGUUGGUUAUCGCGGUGUGUUUAAUCAUUUAGAGUUGAUUAUGCACUUUGUGGAGAAGGAUGUUGCACUAAAAAAUAUAAUUAUUGAUCCACGGAGUUUCAAGUAUCAUCUGCAUCGGCAGUGGGAUCGCAUUUAUAGACACAAGGUCGAAGAUGACGUAUUUGCAAGGGCUUAUGCAAAGGAGCAACUUAAAGAGCAUGUCCCUUCAAGAAUAAAUGUGAAGAUCCUUUAAUAAUUUUUUAUACUUUUAUUUGUUUUACUCUUGUCCUUAUUAUAUUUAUAUAGGUUUUGGUUCAUAUGAUUUUUAUUUUUCAAUGGUGGUGGUUGCUUUAUAUCUAGAUUUUAAAUCUCUCUUCUUUUUUGUAUGAGAAGAUUUAUUGUUAAAAUAGUCAACGUGAAUAAGACAAAAAAAACUUGAUUUU